AUGCUGAAACGCUUUUAUAUGGUCGAUUGUACUCCUGUUAAAACACCAAUGGAAGCUGAAUUAAAGCUUUGGGAUAUGCAGGGUGAUAAAAUUCAAGAGCAAUAUCAAGAACUUAUAGGUUGUUUGCUGUAUAUCAGCACUAAUACAAGACCUGACAUAUCUUAUGCAGCAAAUGUUUUAAGCCAGUAUUAUUGUAAGUUUACUAGUGUUCACUGGAAAGCAGCAAAAAGGGUGCUUCGUUAUGUCAAGGGUACUAUAGAUUAUGGCAUUGUGUUUGACAAAGGAGAUUUCAAGGAUCUGAAUAUAGCUGGUUUUGUUGAUUCGAAUUUUGUAGAUAAUUUAACUACAGGGUUAUCACAAAUAUGUGUUUUUCUUUUGGGGAAAAACAUAAUUUCAUGGGAGAGCAAGAAACUGAAGGAUGCAGCAACCUCAACUACCCAAGCUGAACAUGCAGCUUUGAAUUCUGCAGCCAAAGAGGCGCUUUAUUUGAGACAGCUAAUAAAAGUUGUUAAAUAA